UCACCCGGAUGGCAUGUAGCCCCGAUCAGUCGACCCCCUGUUAGUUUUACCAAGGCCCACGCAGUAUUUCACUCUCUCCAACCCUCUCUCCAGCUCCGCUUGGUUCCAGGAAUCACUAAAGCACCAACGAUGGAUCGUUUUGCGAUGUCAGCCCUGUGUGUUGUACUCCUGGCGUUGGUCGGACAACAGUCGUCCGCUCAGACCACGGACACAAUGACACCAGCCCCCACAACUCCAGACAUACUGAGCGACAUGACGGGAGCCACACCCUGGGCACUUGCAGUUAUGAUCAUAGCCGCACAGGGGGCGCUGUUGUGCAUCAUCAUCGGCUUCUACUUUUGCUACAGACUGGACAACUCGUUCAAGAGCCGGGAGAGCGCGCACUGCCUGGGGUACAUCAUGUUGUUCGGCUGUUUCCUGAUGUACGGUCUGGCGUACGCUUACGUCAUCCAUCCGCACGAGAUCGUCUGCGGCGUCAGGCGGGCCGGCAUGGGCUUCAUCCACGCGCUGGUGUUCGCGCCCAUGCUGCUCAAGGCCAUCCGGAUCUGGCGCGUGUCCAGGCGUGACCUUGACGAGCUGACCCCCAUGAGCGGGAACCGGGCACAGCUGCUGUUCACCGUGCUGCUCCUGCUGCCCGAGAUCGUGGCUGUCGUGCAGUGGCUGUGGCUCGUGCCGCCCUCGGCAAAGAUCGUGUACCCGUCGGGGGAGCCCGCCACCACGGCGUGCGGCACCACCAACCAGGACCUCAUCAUGUCCCUCAUCUACGUCAUGUUUCUCAUGUUCCUCACACUGCUCUUCAGUUUCCUGGCCUGCCCGUCCGACCUGAACAUGAGCGAGUCGCGCUUCAUCUUUGUGGGGAUCGUGUUCUCCAUCGGCUGCCUGGUCGCCUGGAUCUGCUGCCUCAAGAUGACGGACUUUCCCGAGGACCCCGUCAUCGCCAUCGGGCUCUUGUGCAUGGCUACCAUCGUCGUCGUCAUCAUCUUCUUACCAAAGGUGUGUUUGUUGUGUCGCCUGAGUGACGAUGAAGACAUGGAGGAACUGCCGAUGAGCUACAUGCCGAACGGCUACUCCGGCGGCUCCAUGGACAGGGAACAGCGCUCCUACACACCGCACCAAUACGACUACUGAGACUACCAUCAUCACACCGAGACGGGGGGCGCUACCGACUACUAACAACCAACUUUGACCCAUUGCUCACGUCCGGAAAGUCCCCCAGAGAAUCCUUCUGAAAUACCGCACCAGUACGACUACUGAGGCGACCAUAAUUAAACCGAGACGGGGGGCGCUACCGACUAUAAACCAACUUUGACCCGUCGCUCAUUUCGGGGAAGUCCCCCAGAGAAUCCUUCUGAAAUAGCGCACCAGUACGACUACUGAGGCGACCAUAAUUAAACCGAGACGGGGGGCGCUACCGACUACAAACUACUUUUGAGCCGUUGCUCACAUCCGGAAAGUCCCCCAGAAAAUCCUUCUGAAAUAUGCGUUAAACGUACAAGAAAAUUGAAAAUUGUAGCGAGCGAUUUGAACAAAGAACGUAGCCAAUGAAAGCAAAUUUCUUAAUUAAAACCCCAAAAUUGGAAGAAACAAAAACAUUUUUUGUACCUGCGUUUCGAAAGCCAGUUGCAACAUUGGCAAAGUAUAAAAAUAUCCCUCUGGGGAUGUUUUUAUGGUCAAUUUUGUUUUCUGAUAAACGAAGGUUAGAUGCGAGUAACCAGCUAGUUUUCAAGAACUCUGUUAUGAGCCUUAGAGAGUUUCCAAUAAUGGGCACGUAAACUCAACAAGUUUUUCACAAAACUAGUGUACUUUUUUGCACGAAAGUUUCAUUGAUAAUAUAUAACAACUUUUAAAUGCCUAUGUAAUGCUUCCCUCCGAGAAGCAUCUUUUGAUCCAUGACAUAAUAACAAUUUCAGCUCGCAAUGUAGCCUCAACCAGGCCCGCGGAUCGCUGGAAAAAUAGUAGAAAUUGGCCGAAAUGAAGGGAUA